AUGGGGGAAACAGAAUUUACAGGUUUACCAGGGUUAACGCACAGCCUGUCUACAGACGGCGAAAGGGUCGGUACACAGCACAUCGCACUGUGGGACAAGGCCAGCGAUCUCCACCGAUAUGGAUCUCAGCCCCAUCUCGUUUCGUAUUUCUUCGAAGCUGUAAACAUCCGUUCAUAUGCAAAUGAAAAUUUUCAUCUGAACGGCGACGGUGAGGAUGAGGACCAAAAACUCGAGCGCAAAGGUUCGCUGCGACUGGCCAUAAAUGCGAGGCACAUGUCGACUUCGCCACAAUACAACGUUUCAAUCGAGGCAGACGGUAUAGUCGCGAUCUUCGCUAAUACGAAAUGUAGCCGUGUGCCGUCGAUAGGCAUGCGGCUUACGAAGUCAGACGACGGCAACGACCAUUCAAGACAAUGCCGUGGUUCAUCACCACUUCCAAAAUGGACACUGGUCGAAGAGCGCGACGCAACGCGACGCGGCAAGAAUGCAGACCGAAGCUCGGACUACCUGCGCGAACCACGACGCGAGGCAUGUGAUGCGGUACGUAACACCGAAGACGGCGACGACGACGGCUACGGCGAAGACGGCGACGACGACGAAUGA